GGGAGCGGGUGGAGGAGGGAUGUUUGGUGACGUCAAUAUCUCAGCCAUUUUGGAUUCACUCAGUGUAAGCUACGACAAGAGAGUGAGGCCAAAUUAUGGAGGACCGCCCGUGGAUGUGGGAGUCACCAUGUACGUGCUCUCCAUCAGCUCCUUAUCUGAAGUGAAAAUGGUUCGGUCGUGGACUCCGGGCGUCACGUCGUCCUCUGGUUUGGUUUUCACGGCGCGGGGCUCGCGCUACUCACGAUUGGGCUUGAUUGCAGGUCCGCCAGUGGAGGUGGGCGUCACCAUGUAUGUGCUCUCUAUCAGCUCCGUCUCCGAAGUGCUCAUGGUACUCGCCACUGUCACCUCACGCUUGUCUCGGUCGCCCCGGCUCGCUGCGCCGCCGCGACCGAGCAGCCCCAGACACGAGGCUGCGAGCAUGCCGGCGUUAUGGAGCCGACCUCUCGGAAGACGCACUACUGAUUUCACCCUGGACUUCUACUUCAGGCAGUUCUGGACUGAUCCCAGGCUGGCCUAUAAGAAGAGGAUUGGCGUGGAAACCCUUUCUGUUGGCUCCGAAUUUAUUAGGAAUAUUUGGGUACCGGACACCUUCUUUGUUAACGAAAAGCAGUCCUAUUUCCACAUCGCUACUACGAGCAACGAAUUCAUUCGUAUUCAUCAUUCAGGAUCCAUUACACGAAGUAUAAGACUGACUAUCACCGCAUCAUGCCCAAUGGACUUGCAAUAUUUCCCAAUGGACCGUCAACUGUGCAACAUUGAGAUCGAAAGCUUCGGCUACACCAUGCGGGACAUCCGAUACAAGUGGAAUGAGGGGCCCAACUCUGUCGGCGUAUCGAGCGAGGUGUCGCUGCCGCAGUUCAAGGUGCUGGGCCACCGACAGCGAGCAAUGGAGAUCUCCCUCACCACAGGAAAUUACUCUCGGCUGGCGUGUGAAAUUCAAUUCGUUCGCUCCAUGGGCUACUACUUGAUUCAGAUUUAUAUUCCAUCUGGACUCAUCGUCAUCAUAUCCUGGGUAUCGUUCUGGCUCAACCGGAAUGCAACACCCGCUCGAGUCUCGCUGGGUGUCACUACCGUGUUGACUAUGACCACGCUAAUGUCUUCGACCAACGCUGCUUUGCCUAAGAUUUCUUACGUGAAGUCCAUUGAUGUCUACUUGGGCACCUGCUUCGUAAUGGUCUUCGCUAGUCUACUAGAAUACGCAACUGUGGGUUAUAUGGCUAAACGGAUACAAAUGAGGAAACAACGAUUCACUGCUGUUCAAAAGAUGGCUGCUGAGAAAAAAAUGCAAAUUGAUGGUCCACCACCUGCUCCGGAACCGCUGCCCCCACCAAGGACCAGCACUCUUACCCGACCUCUGCCGCCAAGCCGAUCUUCGGAAGUCCGUUUCAAAGUGCACGACCCGAAAGCAUACUCGAAAGGUGGAACUCUUGAGAAUACUAUCAACGGCGCUCGAGCUGCUGCCCCCCCGCCACCGCCACAACCGGAGGAAGAAGCUGUACCGCCCCCACACUUGCUUCAGGCUUCAAAGGGUAUCAACAAACUGCUCGGCACUACUCCAUCGGACAUCGACAAAUACUCACGCAUCGUGUUCCCCGUUUGCUUCGUCUGCUUUAACCUUAUGUAUUGGAUCAUAUACCUUCAUGUAUCGGAUGUUGUUGCCGACGACUUGGUGCUACUUGGCGAGGAAAACUAAACGAAAACAACGUGUCUGAAUAACGGUUCUCUUCUGUUUAAAACGACGACUA